AUGAAGUGGACUACGGCAAAUAUCAAACAUGUGAACUACACGUCGAAGCACGAACUGUAUGUGGGAACACACACAGGCUCUUUUAAACACCUGGUGCCUGCAUCCGAAAAGAGCCCUUAUGGACAAAGCAAUCUGAGUGAUCUGUGCGCCCUGGAUAAGGAUUCCCGCGUCACAUCUCUGGCUUUUGGCAACGACAAACAGACAGAGAUUCUUCUAGGCCGGGCCAAGGACGCCGUGGAGAUUCACUCCUUCACAGAGAAGGGUCAUUCUAGGAACACAGUAUCCUUCAAUGCUGCGCCAAUCGUUGGUCUGGCCCGAUACAAUGACAAGCUUAUUGCCGGCAUUGGCAACGGACAGAUACAGAGCCUGGAGCUGGAGGCCAACGACGAGUCCGAGCCCGUGGUUAUCACCACGGGUGAUCAAAUGGACCACCUGCGCCAAUGCGCGCAAGUCAGAAGCAUUGUAGCCACUGGCGGCAAAGAGCGUCAAAACAAUCUAAAGGUCUACGAUCUAAAUUCCGAUGUCAAGCAGAUUUUCACCUCAAAGAAUUUGCCCAACGACUAUCUGCAGCUGGAGGUUCCGGUUUGGGACAGCGAUAUCGGCUUUGUGGAUGGGCCUAGUGUGCUGGCCACUUGCUCGCGAACCGGCUAUGUUCGCAUCUAUGACACGCGCAAGCAGCGUCGACCUGUUGCAUGUUUUGCCAGCGAGGAGCACGGGAUGAGUUUUACGACUCUAGUGGCAAAGGGAAACUUUAUUUACACGGGUACCACGAUGGGUGCUUUAAAAGCCUUUGACACUCGACGCAUGAAAACUCAUGUGCAUACUUAUAAGGGAUUCACAGGCGGGAUUAGUGACCUUCAUUUAGAUGCCACCGGUCGCUUCCUGAGCUCUGCAAGCCUAGACCGAUACGUUCGUAUCCAUGAUUCCGAAACCACAGUACUGCUCUACCAAUGCUAUGUGAAAUCAAAGGCCACUAAGAUUCUUAUCCGACCGUAUGAAAACGAAGCAGGGGUAUCAGAAGAACCUGAGGAGGACGAUGAGCUUCAAAUGGAUAGAAACGUGAGUGAAAAUAAGAGUGUCAACGCAAAAUCUGUGGACAAUGAAUACGAGGAUAUGUUUGACCAGAUGCCCACUGUGGGUGACAGCGAUAAUGAGUCCGAGGAAGAGACGUCUAAUAUUAAGCUUUCAAAGGCCAAUCUAAAAAGAAGAUCGUCGGAAAAGUCUUUAAAAAACAAAAAGAAAAAAGUUGUGAUUAGUUAAAGCGACAUGUAUUUACGUUAUAAGAAUAUUAAAGAAAAAUAGUAUAGAUAUAA